CCACAUGAAAAUACUCUGGUUCUCUGCCCACUGACUGCCCUCAGCCCCUCGCCAACGAACUCACCGGCGGCCACAUCAAAUAAAGAAAAACGCUCGCCGGCGGCGGCGCGCUCCUGGAGAUCCCGAUAGUCUCCGGCGGAAGUCAGCGGUAUGGAGGAGUGCCUCGACGCCAAGAGCGGUGCCGCGACUACGGCGGCGGACGGCCUCCCCGACGACUCCGUCGUGGAGAUCCUCUCCCGCGUCCCCGUGAGGUCCAUCCACCGAUUCAAGUGCGUCUCGAAGCCCUGGCGCGACCUCAUCGCCGACCCCCUCCACCGCAAGCGGCUCCCCCAGACGCUCGAAGGCUUCUUCUGCAGCGACGGAUCCGGAUUCGACGGGCGCUUCAUCAGCCUGCCGGGGAGAUCGGCGCCUCCCGUUGACCCUGCCUUCUUCUUCCUGACGAAGCUGCCCGGGAUCGAGAACAUUAAGCUCUUGGGUUCCUGCAACGGGCUCGUCCUCUUUGAGCACGGCCGGAAUCCGGCCACGGCACCGGCCUACGCCGUUUGCAACCCCGCCACUGAGGAAUGGGUGGCCGUGCCCAGCGCCGGCUGUCGCUCUCCUGAUCCCCUGGAAGAGCGCACCGAGUUGAUUUUUGAUCCGGCUGUUUCGCCACACUUCCACUUGGUCCAUAUCUGCCAGGAAGAUUUUAUGGGUGAGAUUGAGGUGCGUGCCUACUCGUCUGAGACCAGGGUGUGGAGUGACAGGGCAAGCCAACAGAGUCGAUGGCAGGAUGAAGGUGGAUGGAAACAAUGGGUUAAUGGUGGAGCCAUGCUGAAACCAUUGCCCGGUGCCUUUGUCAAUGGCAUGCUGCAUUUAGUCGCCUUCUGUCCUGAGGAGUAUCUGAUAGCUGCGGUGGAUAUCAAAGGGAAGAGGAGCAGGAUCGUUCCCUGGCCAGAUAAGCGCAGUUUCCCACUUUUUGUUGGUCAAUCCCAAGGGCGCCUGCAUUGUGUGGGUAGUCUUGAGGAACGGGAAAGAAACUGUUUAAAAUGGGUUGGCCUGUCCAUUUGGGUUCUUGAGGACUAUGAUACAGAAGGAUGGGUCCUCAAGCACAGGGUGAGCUUCUUGAAGCUGUUUGGACAAAUGAGUUGCCAUUAUGGUUAUGACAGCAACGUGCUCGCCAUUCAUCCGGAUCGCAACUUGAUUUUCCUUACUCGAAAGAGCAACAAGAAGCUGAUGUUAUAUGACAUGGGCAGUGAGAAUUUGGAUGCUUUCCACACUCUUGGACACAACUAUGGGUCUCUUACUCCAUAUAUUCCCAAUUUCUUGAAUUUGGAGCUUACAAAUGAGCAUUGAAAUGUUGAUUUUGGAGUACUCAUGGGCAUAUUCUUUAGGAGAUUGAUCCCAUUUAUGGAGAAGCUAGCAUGUAGUAUUCUCGAUGAAUGAAAUUUGUUGGAACUAACUUACGUUGCUGGGUGAUUUGUACAUAUUCCCUCACGUGCUUUUUAGUUGUAUUAGUACUUUUUCUCAAACUUUUGUUUUCCUCGAACUAGUUGUAUUAAUACUGCAUGCUAGUUGAGAGACAUUAUACAAGGCAUCUUUACAUAUGCUAUUUAUCUUACUGGAUGCUCCCAGCUUAUGCUGAUUUAAUUUUACGACCUCAAUUUAUGUGUUUCAA